AUGGAGGACUAUAAAUAUCUGUUCAAAGUUGUACUGGUUGGAAAUGCUGGCGUUGGCAAAACAUGCCUGGUGCGCAAGUUCACCCAGGGUAUUUUUCCACCUGGCCAGAGCGCUACAAUUGGUGUUGAUUUCAUGAUAAAAACAGUCAAAGUCAAUGAUGACAAAAUAAAGUUACAAAUCUGGGACACAGCUGGACAGGAACGCUUCCGAUCGAUCACACAAAGCUAUUAUCGUUCAGCACAUGCAAUAGUACUGGUUUAUGAUGUUGCAUGUCAGCCAAGUUUCGAUUGCUUACCGGAAUGGCUUGGCGAAAUUGAACAGUACGCAAAUCGACGA